AUGGAACAGAAUGAAAAGAAACCGUUUUGUUGUUUGGACGUGGAGUCGUUGAUCGAGUUUGGGUUCUUCAGGCUGUCGACUUUAGCGUAUGGAGGUGGGGGACCCCUCGACAUUGACCUGAGCUCCAUGCGGUCUCUGUACGGCGGUGUUUCGAUCUUUUUAGCGCUUUCCUUUGACCCAGCCAUCGCGAAUCGGUCAGCUUUCACGCAGGAAAAGAAACAGCUCGAUAAGAAACAGCUUCAACAAGAACAAACGACUGUCGUCUAUUCUGCUCCCAAAAUGUGCAUCCAGGACUUUGCAGACCUCUUCAUAGCCAAAUUGCUUUCUAAGGCCUCAACACGAAUGGAAAAUCUCAGUUACGGUGUACUAAUCGGUCAGCUUUCAUGCAGGAAAAGAAACAGUUUGAUACGAAACAGCUCCAACAAGAACAAACGACUGUCGCCUACUCUGCUCUAAAAAUGUGCAUUCAGGACAUUGGAUACCUCUUUGUAGCCAAAGUGCUUUCGAAGGCCUCAACACGAAUGGAAAAUCUCAGUUACGGUGUACUAACUUUGGAAGGAUGAAAUAUCAAGGAGUUCCUUGGGAUCCAUAAAGAAAGAAGUUGGCCAGUAGUAUCCAAGUUACGUCUGUCAUUGCGGUCCCCUACGCCUUUGAUGUUAACUGACACGCGUAUAAACUGUAUUUCUUCGAAUCGAACGCCGUCGGGGUAUACCAGUGGCAGUUCCGGCUCGAAUUAGUAAAUUAGUCGAAAAUAGUCGGGCACGAACGUCAACGAAAACGGAAUGGGAGGAAGAUCACUCGACGUCGAAACGCUGUCGCUACUUUGUGACCCUCCAGAAGCGGCGAUCGCUACUCUGGGGAUGUUACUUCAGCUUACUUCGUUUUUUCAUUUUAUCUUCAGUGGAUACAAUUGUAAUAGUCACUACAAAUCACUCCAUUUCUUCUAUCGUUACAGCCCAUCCCCUUUAAUAAAUGAAAUUGUAAUAGUUACAUUAGUUUACUUCAUUUCUUCUAUUGUUACAGCGUAUUCCCUUUAAUGAAUGAAAU